UCUUAGAAUGUAAGGAGGAGUCAAAGAAGUGGAAGCGGUGGUCAAAUCCUGGUUCCUGACUUACCACGGCUAUGGCAUGAUGUUUUCUGGUUAGGAAUCUUCUUAUUUCAUUUGAUCGGAUUAGGACUUGCUCUUGCAGUUCUUGGACUUAAUAGGUUUAAGAAAUCAGAUAGGUUUAAUAUUGAUAGAUUCACAACUGGCUCCAAGGGGAAUAACCAGGGAUUGACUGAGGAUUAUUGGCCAAUGUAUGCUCUUGCUGGUGGAGUUGGAACUGUACUUGGGUGGACUUGGUUGUUGUUGCUUGGUUCUCGAGCAAAUCAGAUGAUGAAGAUAGCGGUUCAUAUUUUGACUACUUAUCUUGCUGUGAUCAGUGUCCUGUGUUUCUGGUGUGAGCAGUUUUUCUGGGGGGUUGCAUUUGCAAUUGGUGCUGCGUUGCAGUUUUUGUAUGUCAUAUGUGUCAUAGACAGACUUCCAUUUACCAUGUUGGUGCUGCAAAAAGCUGUGAAGAUGGUAUGGAGUCUUCCUGAAGUUACAAGAGUUGCAUAUGCAUUCAUGCUAGUUAUGCUUUUAUGGAUGGGGAUAUGGUCCUUUGGAGUAGCUGGUGUUGUGGCUUCAAGCAUGGAGGAUGGUGGACGCUGGUGGCUUCUUGUGAUUCUCUCAGUAAGCUUGUUUUGGACGGGCGCAGUCCUCUGUAACACUGUGCAUGUUAUAGUGUCUGGGAUGGUGUUCCUCGUUCUUAUUCAUGGUGGUCGAGAAGCAACAUCAAUGCCUCCUAACCCAGUGAUGAAGUCAAUAAGGUAUGCUGUUACAACAUCUUUUGGCAGCAUUUGCUACGGAUCACUCUUCACAGCUGCAAUUAGGACAUUGCGGUGGGAGAUCAGGGGAUUGAGGUCAAAGAUAGGCAAGAACGAGUGCUUGCUUUGCUGUGUUGAUUUUAUGUUUCAUCUCGUGGAGACUCUUGUCCGGUUCUUUAACAAGUAUGCCUAUGUUCUGAUAGCUGUUUACGGCAAAAGUUUUAACCAUUCAGCAAGGGAUGCUUGGGAAUUAUUCCAAUCAACUGGAGUUGAAGCACUUGUGGCUUAUGAUUGUUCAGGUGCUGUUCUGUUGAUGGGAACACUUUUAUGUGGGCUAAUCACAGGAACUUGUUCAGGUGUUUGGGCCCAUCUCAAAUGGAAUGAUAGAGUAACUAUGGUAGGACCCACUGCAAUGUUGAUGGGAAUGGUGUUGGUUGGACUAGCCAUGGUUGUGGUUGAGAGUGCUGUUACAUCUAUAUAUAUAUGCUAUGCAGAAGACCCUUUGUUGAUUCACAGAUGGGAUGCUGAAUUCUUCAACCAAUUAUCGGAAAUGCUGCACCAGCGUCUACAACAUAGAAGUGCUCGAGCAAGGGAAGUAUUGACCCACAAUCGUUUUGAUAUUAACACUCAAGAAACUAUCCCUGUCUGAAAAAACACUCAUCUUGAUUUACAAAAACACAUGACUGCAAUUUACUGAACCAUAAUUUAUUAAUCCAAGUACAUUAAAUGCUGUGUUUAUUUUGGAUACAAUGUUGGGACUCUCUUAUACAUAAAUGAAAAAAAGUUAGAUCACAGAAGGAGGAUUGCAAUAGUGUUGUUGGUUGAGCUGUCUUGAUUACCAAACUUUAGGAUCCAUAUGAUAUUCGUGUUAUUUUUUGGUU